AUGGCUAUGGAGGGAAAUGCUAAGGGGCCGGAGAACCCUGAUAGUGCUCCCAUGAGACCGGUCUCCUCCCUAUUAUCCCACUUCGAGAACCUAUCGCAUCGCAAAACGAAAUCCACGGUUGGGAUCAUUCCACAUGAAUCUUCAACACGUUUCCUAAGGACCCCGGAACCUGGCGACGAACCUCGGUCUUCAAGCCGCGCCUCCUUGGACCUACCUCGUCCAGACUCUCACUGGAACACGCCUGCUGAGGAGAGGCCCGGUCGUAGUUUUGACCAAGCCAACGGUAAUAAUCUACGGCCCCGUGGAUCCCCUGGGAGUCAAAGCCAACAUGGCCGGCCCAUGUAUAUGAACUUCCAGCAUUCGUCAUCGUCUCAGCUCACGCCUACAUUGGCCGUCCAUGCUCCACAAUCGCCGCCGCGCAGUCAACAAAGAGAGAUCCGAUCGCCUAGUCAAGAGGACAAUCGGACUGCCAGGAGCUAUUUCCAUCGUCCCAGGGAAUCUUUAUCUGCGGGUGUUUCACCUGCUCCUGCUGGCCGACCGGUUACUCCGACGAAACUUGGAUCUUCCGUUCCCAUGGUGGAGACUAUGCAUAGACUGUCUCCUAGUUUAUCAGCUGUGAACGGAAGUGGCAGUCCGCUAGAUCGGAAACUGAAAAGUGUCUCAUUACCCCCGCCGGCAAAUAGGGCAGAGAAGCCCAAAAUCCCAGCUAAGCCCGCUAUGUUUUCUCAUCCGGAUACAAUUCCUCACCUGGAUACAAAAUCUUUGGCUCCCCAACCGGAAAGGGCAUCUGAUGACCUUGUAUCUCCAUUUAAUACGCCCCCGAGUAGUCCAGAGAAGGUUACAUCCAAGCCUGCCUCUGCUACAAAAGCUGCCCCAAGACUUCCUCCUUCAAGGCCCUCGGUUGAGCCUUUCGCUCGACGCUCGUUCGACGGACGACUCCCUGCCUCGAAUUUGAAUACUAGAUACGAUUCUAGAGAAGCAAGCGUAUCCCGCACCCGUCCGAUUCCCGAGCCCAGUCGAAGCACGAAGCCAUUGAUGGUACAAAUCCCAGCUACAUCAUCUAUCUAUUCAGAGUCCUCCGAGGCUCCACCUCUAUCCGCCCAAAGACUUAGAUCUAGUGACGCCCCCUAUGAUCGACCUGGCCUUCCGCCCAGGCCAACCUCUGCCCAUCCAUUCAGAAGGGGCCCUUCACCUUCUAGAGAGUUCCCCCAACCUGUGGCCAGUCCGGCACAAAUGGCGCCAGUUCUUCGUCCUGCACCCUCUCAUCAGCAUGCGUCUGAACCUCAGACCCCACGCAUUGGUCAACGACAGCCUUCUUUGCCAGAACCGUCAUUCCCAGAACGUCGAUUGGCGCGCACCGAUACAGAAGAAGAAGAAUUGGUGACAGAUGAGCCCGCGAUCUCAAGAACUGAUUAUCCCGAUGCUUCACAAGCUAAUAGACGCCCUCCGCUCCUCAAAACUAGCCCAACGGAGAUUCCAACUAAAUAUGACACUCGCCUAGUCGACGUGUGCGGCAAGUAUGUUUGCACUACCGGAUAUAUAACUCGCGUGUGGGAUCUCACCACUGGCGAGCAGGUCAUGAGCCUUAGCCAUGGCGAAACAGUGAAAUGCCUUUCUAUCGCCUUCAAGCCAGGGAACUCGCUUGAAGAAGAAGGGCAGCGCUUCUGGGUCGGUACUAGUUCUGGUGACCUACAUGAAAUCGAUAUUCUAUCUCGAUGUAUCGUGGCCACUCGCGCCUACCCUUCUCGUCGAGAGAUCAUCCAAAUUCACCGCCACAAGAAAGAAAUGUGGACUCUGGACGACGAGGGUCGGCUGCUGGUAUGGCAGCCAGAUGAAAGUGGCACUCCUAAUCUGCAUUAUAGCUACCACAGCCCGCAGGAACGAGUGGCACGGGGCCAUACCUUCUCCAUGGUGGUGGAUGAUAAGCUAUUGUUGGCAACGGGCAAGGAUGUGUACAUCUACCGCCCAAGUGCCAAGGAUGAUACUUCAUUCAAGCUUUUCAAACGGCCGAUAGGCCAACAGCACUCGGGCGACGUAACAUCUGGUGCCUUCAGCACUAAGAAUGGCGGCCGCGUGUACCUGGGCCAUGCAGAUGGCAAAGUGACUGUCUACUCUUCCGCUGACUUCUCUUGCUUGGCAGUAGUCAAUGUCAGCGUAUACAAGAUUAACUGUCUUGGCUUUGUCGGAGACUAUCUGUGGGCAGCUUAUAAAACGGGAAUGAUAUACGUCUACGACGUUAAGACCAACCCAUGGACUGUGAAGAAGGACUGGCGUGCCCAUGAUAGUCCCGUCUCUGCCUUUGUGCUAGACACAAGCAGCGUGUGGACGAUGAAUCGUCUGCAAGUGACAUCGCUUGGCACUGAUAAUUGUAUUCGUCUCUGGGAUGGAAUGCUGGAGGAUGAUUGGUUAGAUGCUCGAAUGGAAAUAAAAGACGUAGAGUACUGCACCUUCCGAGAACUCAAAACCAUUGUUCUUACAUGGAAUGCUGGUGCUGCAACCCCUGGCAGCGUACGCACUUCCGACUUCAUUAAAGACGCACUUCGUCCAGAAGACCCUCCAGACAUUGUGGUUUUUGGUUUCCAAGAGUUGGUAGAUCUUGAAAAUAAGAAGAUUACAGCUAAGAGCUUGUUGCUUGGUAGCAAGAAGAAGGAGAACGGCGAGAAGGAACACAUGAGCCGACAGUACCGAGUUUGGGUCGAUCACUUGACCCGGACUCUUCACGAGUGCAUGCCCCUCGAAGAGUCCUACGUUCUUCUCCACACCUCCAACAUGGUUGGACUCUUCACCUGUAUCUUUGUCAAGCACAAGGAGCGUAUCAACAUUAAAAGUGUAUGCGCAUCAGAGAUCAAGCGCGGAAUGGGAGGAAUGCAUGGUAAUAAGGGUGCUCUCAUUUGCCGCUUCAUUCUUGACGAUAGUUCCAUGUGCUUUGUCAACUGCCAUCUUGCUGCCGGCCAAACACAGACUGCACACCGUAACAAUGAUAUUGCAGCAAUCCUCGAAGCUGAAUGCUUGCCUGCGGAGAACAGUCUCUCGGUGCGAAGUAAUCAGUAUGCAAGUGGUGGUGAUGGUUCCAUGAUCAUGGAUCACGAAGUUUGUAUUUUGAACGGAGAUCUUAACUACCGUAUCGAUUCUAUUCCCCGCCACGUCAUCAUCAACGCCAUCCAACAAAACAACCUUGCCAAGCUUCUCGACCGCGACCAACUCCUCGCCUCCCGACGCAAGAACCCAGGGUUCCGACUGCGCAGCUUCAUCGAAGCACCCAUCACAUUUGCACCGACCUAUAAAUACGACGUUGGCUCCGACGAAUACGACUCAAGUGAAAAGAAACGUUCCCCGGCUUGGUGUGAUCGUAUUCUAUACCGAGGCUCUGGCCGCGUCAAGCAGCUUGACUACCGUCGGCUUAUUGUCCGUGCCUCCGAUCACCGACCUGUCUGUGCGGCCUUCAAGGUUCGUGUUAAGACGGUGCUACCUCAAGAACGGGCGGUAGUUUGGGAGAAGUGUCAACAAGACUUUCAGGAUGAGAAGCGUAGACUUGCUUCUGAAGCUAGCAUCGAAUAUCUCAUCACUGUCUUGGGCACUGAUCCUCGACAGGCCCGCGCCCUAAUUCUAGGAAAUGGAGGGAAAUAG